UGUGCGCGCGGGCGCGCGAUGAUUAAAAAUAACUAGUGGUUCCUAGUUGGGGUUUUCCCAACUGCGCACCUUGCGUUGUGUUUCUGUCAGGUGCGUGUUUCUUUUUAUAGACGUUUCUAGGUCGCGUAACUCACGCUGGCGCAAUAAUUGAAACCACAGUGCCACACGAGUGUGAAAUCCUACUAACUAGCUAGGGUAUAACCGGCGUGAGCCCAGGGCCGACAACCUUAGUCAACUCGGUCAACACUAGGAAACCGAUGGUUAGGCGGCUCGGCUAACGUCCCCUCUUACCUUUCCAAAGAAGCUGGAUAACACGGCAUCGACGAGAAAGGUCAAGCAGGUCCUCACCUAUUUGUUUAACGUGUCAUCGUGGUGGGCGGAGAGAUGACAUCACGUGUGUUGCUGCGGCAACAGCUGAUGCGGGAGCAGGCCCAGGAGCAGGAGCGGCGGGAGGCCCAGCAGCAGGCAUCUGCUGCUCACCUCCGCCCCCCAGACACCACGCCUGCCAUCUCGGUCACCGUCCCUGCCACCGGUACUCGCCCUCCCCCAGCACAGGUUCCUGUGGAGGUGCUGAAGGUGCAGACUACCCUGGAAAACCCAACCAAGUACCAUAUUCAGCAGGCUCAGCGCCAGCAAGUGAAGCAGUACCUCUCCACCACCCUGGGCACCAAAGCCGCCACUCAGACCCUUAACGUCUCACCGUUGCCACAGUCCAGUUCUGCCCCAGAAGUGGCACCCUCUGCCAGCAGUGCCCCAAACAGCCCCAUGGCACUUCUCAACCUGGGAUCCAACAAAGAGGAGAUUGAUGAUGUAAUUGAUGACAUCAUUAGCCUUGAAUCCAGCUUCAAUGAUGACAUCAUGUCACUGAUAGACUCCGGAUUACAACUUCCAAAUACACUGCCAGGCAACCUGCUGGAAGUCUACAACAGUCCCGGCAUAACAACCCCUGCUGUCACUGUUAGCAAUUCCUGCCCUGCAGAUCUGCCCAAGAUCAAAACAGAAUUAUCCGAUGCCGAAACCAAGGCUGUCCUGAAGGAGAGGCAGAAGAAAGACAACCAUAACCUCAUUGAAAGAAGGAGAAGGUUUAACAUAAAUGACAGGAUAAAGGAACUGGGAGCACUUAUUCCCAAGUCCAAUGACCCGGAGACACGCUGGAAUAAGGGCACCAUUCUGAAGGCAUCUGUGGACUACAUACGCAAACUGCAGAAAGAGCAGCAGAGAGCCAAAGACAUGGAGCAGAAACAGAAGAAACUGGAGCACGCCAACCACACCCUCCUGAUGCGCAUUCAGGAGUUAGAGAUGCAGGCCCGGCUCCAUGGUCUCUCCACGCCCAUGUCGCCAGGCCUCGGUUCAGACAACGCCUUCCUUCAGCAGCAGACACUGGCCAGCCAGACCCUGCCGAGCGCCCCCACGCAUCUCCAUGGCCGUGCCACCCUGAGCUUGGAUGGGGCUCUGGGACAGACCGUCCCUUCCACCUUCCUGUCCCCACCAGCCUCAGGCUCUCCCUCUGGAACUGGCGUGGAAGGCCCUCUGGACCUGGGCACGUUGACCUUCAGCGAGUUGGACGACCCUGGUGCCUCUGCCAUGUACACGGACGUUAUCCUGGGCGACAUGCUCAUGGAGGAGGGCUGCACGCUAUCCCUCACAAGGCUGGCCGACCCGGUCCUGUCCUCAGCCUCUCCGGAGGCCUCGAAGGCCAGUAGCUGCCGGAGCAGCUUAAGCAUGGAGGAGGACUUGUGACAGGGUGACGUGGUGGGGGCGUAGUCAGGACUUUGGAGGUUGAAUGUGGAGCUCGCCCCAGUUUUCAGCAGCAAAUGCUGACUUGUUCUCCCUUGGUGUCUAGUGAAAUGCAAACUGAUACUUGUUCUUUCAACUUGUGAGCAGUUAUGUGGUUACUCGCCGCAAAAUUAACUCUAAGCAGUCAGGUAUUGCAGCCAUUUUUAUGAAUUGUUUAAAGAACUUUAAAAAAAUGCCUCUGCUAAAAUUGGCGUAUAUUUAUUUGAUUUGUAGACAAUAUUGAGAGCAGUUAAAUGUAUGUAAGUAUUGACAUCUCCCCUAUAUUCAAAAUGUGUGCGUGCGUGUUUUAGAUGAUUGGACUGGGAAAUGAGAAGUGGAUCACUCCAAGAGUUCAGUUGUUGUUUAUACCAAAGGGAGUUUUUGCAGCUAAAUAUUGUUCUAGUGACCGAUGCAGAGUGAUCCAGUAAUGCAAAGCUAAUAAUGAUUAAGCUUUUAUGAGAAAUAGAUUAAAUGCUAAUUUAGGUCAGAUGCUUGUUUGUUCAGAAAGUUCAGCAUAUCCCAUCAUUAGUACAGUUUAAAUAAUUCUCUCAGUGGACUUGGAACUCCCGUGAACGGUUACAUUAUCAUGUUCUUGUUAGCUUACAGGGAAAUAUAUGCACAAUAGCCUGUUUCCAACUUCAUAAAACAGAUUCUUCAUUCUAUGCAUUGCAGCGAUUUUCUAAUUAAAGUCUGAUUUCUCAUGCAUCACAGACAGCUUUUUCCGUUGUGUCUGCUUUAGAACCUACCUCUGGCUAGAGUGCUUGUACCAGCAGUCAGUAGGAAUAAUUCAGUCUUUGAGACUUUAUUGGGAUGAAUACUGACCGUUUGAGGCAAGCUGUUCCUCUCUGGACACCCAGCAGUAAGCCAUACCCAUGCUUGUGCCUUUUAGUCAUGAUCAGGAAUAUCAUUGGCUACAUUUAUGGAUAAACAAACAGAAAACGUACAUUUAUGGGGGGAAAAAAGUACAAAAGUGUAUGUGUACUUUGUACAGAUAGUUACAUUUAUGAUUGUAGAAUGUUUAUAAUGUUUGUAAAAUGGAUUUGAUCUGCAUAGACUUGAACCCUGUGAUAUUAAUUUCAUUUUUGUAUUUUCUAAUGUCUGAGGCACAGAAUGGGAGUAGCUCUUGCACUGCCCAGCAGGAAGUUGUGUUUUCUAGCAGUAGCACUGUAUGCUUGUAUAGCUCGGACUGGUUUUCUCACUACUCCAGUUAACAUCUCCCCAGGCGGUGCGCCUCUUUGGUUAACUUCUAAUCAAUGCAAUCUGUACAUUUGUGUUGCAAAUUGCAGCUCACUAUACAAUAGAGGCGUGACGUGCCCUGCAUCGCCAUGGCUUCUAGAAACGUUGAUUAUGAUCAUAACAGUAAUAUAUUGAAAUUAUGCUUUGCUGCAGUGUAAACCUGUCUUGUAUUGGAGAAAUGAAAGGGAUUUUUUUUUUUUGUAUUCUUUGAUUAUUUAGAAUGUGUAUUUUACACAUUUUAAAUUUAGAAAGGAGUAUAUUUUAAAACUUGUUUUUGGUGGGUUGGGACCGACAAAGUAAUACUAUAGAUUACAAUAAAAAUGAUUUGUUUUUA